UGCUUGCCCGCCCGCCCGCUCGCACUCAGUCGCGCCGCCGAGCCGGCAUGGGAGCUGCGCGCGCCCUCCCGGCCCCCACACCUGUCUGAGCGGCGCGGCGAGCCGGGGCCCGGGCGGGCGACCCGGCGCGGGGUGGUGCUCAGCAUGGCGGGGACUCCAGGGCUCCUCCGCCUCUUCCUCAUCCUCCUCUGUGCUGAUGGGCAGGUGAGCCCCUACGGCGCCCACUGGAAACCCACCUGGCCUGCCUACCGCCUCCCCGUGGUCUUACCCCAAUCCACCUUAAACUUGGCCAAGCCACACUUUGGGGCCGAAGCCAAAUUGGAAGUGUCCUCCUCGUGUGGCCCCCAGUGUCAUAAGGGAAGUCCACUGCCCACUUAUGAAGAGGCCAAGCAGUACCUGUCCUAUGAAACCCUCUAUGCCAACGGCAGCCGCACCGAGACACAGGUGGGCAUCUAUGUCCUCAGAAGUGGUGAGGGUGAGUCUUCGGGAAAGUCUCGAAGGAAGCGGCAGAUUUAUGGCUACGACAGCAGAUUCAGCAUUUUUGGGAAGGACUUCCUGCUCAACUACCCGUUCUCAACAUCGGUGAAGUUAUCAACAGGCUGCACCGGCACCCUGGUGGCGGAGAAGCACGUCCUCACGGCUGCCCACUGCAUACACGAUGGGAAAACCUACGUGAAAGGAACCCAGAAACUUCGAGUGGGCUUCCUGAAGCCCAAGUUUAAAGAUGGUGGUCGAGGGGCCAACGACUCGAGCUCAGCCGUGCCCGAGAAGAUGAAAUUUCAGUGGAUCCGGGUGAAGCGCACCCAUGUGCCCAAGGGUUGGAUCAAGGGCAAUGCCAACGACAUUGGCAUGGAUUAUGACUAUGCCCUCCUGGAACUCAAAAAACCCCACAAAAGAAAGUUCAUGAAGAUUGGGGUAAGCCCUCCCGCCAAGCAGCUGCCAGGGGGCAGAAUCCACUUCUCCGGUUAUGACAAUGACCGACCGGGUAACUUGGUAUACCGCUUCUGUGAUGUCAAAGAUGAGACCUAUGACCUGCUGUACCAGCAGUGUGACGCCCAGCCCGGGGCCAGCGGGUCCGGGGUCUACGUGAGGAUGUGGAAGAGACAGCAGCAGAAGUGGGAGCGAAAAAUUAUUGGCAUCUUUUCCGGGCACCAGUGGGUAGACAUGAACGGUUCUCCACAAGAUUUCAACGUGGCUGUUAGAAUCACCCCUCUCAAAUAUGCCCAGAUUUGCUAUUGGAUUAAAGGAAACUACCUGGAUUGUAGGGAGGGGUGACACGGUGUUCCUUUCUGGCCGCUCUUAAUGGUCUUCUAUUUUAGGAGAGGCCAAAUUUUGUCACUGGGGUGUGUGUGUGUGUGUGUGUGUGUGUGUGUGUGUGAGAAAUGUGUUAUAAUAUCUUUCACCUAAUUUUUUUAAAUUGCAAGAUGACUGGCUGUAUUAUUUGAAAACUGGUUUGUGUAUCAUAUAUCAUUUAAGCAGUUUGAAGGCAUACUUUUGCAUAGAAAUAAAAAACAUACUGAUGUUUGGGUCAAUAGGGAAGAUUUAGUGAUUAAGUUAAUCUUUCACCUUUUGAGAACUUUGAUUUUUAUUUCAUCUGAACUUGUUUCCAAAGCUUAUAUUAAAUACGUGGCAUAUGGGAGACAUAAAUUCUUAUGUGUGUGUAUGUGUGUAUUUUCUCCUGAGGUUCAACUUGCUUUGUUUUGUUUUUUUUAGUGCCUAAUCAUUAAUGUUUCCAGAUGGCAGUGUUCCCCACCACAUACAACUCUUAGGAAUUUUCACAAUACUUUUUAGACAGGCAGUUAUAAUAUUUUGGAUUUGGGGGCAUUUGCACAGAAGUCCUGGGUCAGUAAAAUAAUUUGUUGAUUAUACUGGUACACAUAUUAAACUGUAUCCUAUAGUAAGUACCCCAAGCAUCUUUCAGUUUUGAAAUAGUUUCUUUUCUGAAGACUGUUGCUGUACUUUCUGGGAAGCCUUUGCAUGUGGCUCUGCCAGCUUUGUAGUCACACCAGAGUAAGCAAGAUUGUUUAUGCCAAUCCUUCCAUUUAACAGGAUUUCACUCACAUUUCUUGAACUAGCUGCUUUCCAGAAGACAAUAAUCAGGGCCUAAUUAGAACAGGCUGUAUUGCUUCCCAGCUAACAGUUGUGGUCACACUAAAAACAAUCAUUGUAUUUUACCCCUGGAGUGUGGAACAUCUCAUGUUUUAUCAUUUGGAUGGAGUAAUUUAAAAUGAAUUAAAUUCCAGAGCACAAUGGACACAUUGCUUGGCAGAUGUCACAACAGAAUAACCACUUGUUUGGAGACUGGCACAGUCAUCCAGCCUAAUCAAAAUUAUUCUGCAUAGUUUUCAGUGCGCUUUCAGGAAGCUGUGGACUUGUGCAAUUUGGAAACUUUUCUCUCUUACUUAUUUUAUAGUAAAAAUAUUUGGAAAAUGCUUUAAGAAAAACCAAUAUGGCUUUUUUUUUUUUACUAGCUUUAAAAGGGCCUCUUUUACUAGAAUUCUCCAGGCUACAGACACCCAUAAUCAACUACAAGAGUAAAAAAUGAAAAUUGGGAAUGCAAAAUGGAUCAGAAUCACCCCUUCAAUAAAUGUCUUUAUGAAUGUUUUAUCAAUAUGAUCAUCACAGUAUAUAAGGAAAAGAUUUGGACUCAUUUUAUGUUUUCAUUCUAUGCCUCUCAGCCCGAGCACUUCUUUCUAAAUGUAUCAGUAGAGAAAAAAAAGCAAAUCAAUUACAAGGCAGAUAUGUGGUGUGCAUGCACCCCUGACAUUUCCAGCCUGCAUUGUGACUAUUUAUUUGUGAGGACACUGAAAUACAGCACUGAUGCUUAAACCUUCUCCGGGUGACUUUUGGCUUAUGUUCCUCGAGCUUUUCAGAAGAAUAAUCCUGAUAAAGCACUCAAGAAACUACCACACUACCACAACCAUAGUGUGUUCCUCAAAUCACAUAAGAAAUACUGUGCAUAGCAGAGAUGCAAGGCCACCAGGAACCUUCAGAUUUCCACUACAAUAUGCUUUGGAAUCUAACAGGAAUCUAGCCUGAAGAAGAAGAGGGGUUUCCAUCUCUAUGUCUGGUAUUUGGGGGGUUUGUUUGUUUUUGCUCUUGCUUGGUGCUAAAGGAAGUUUGCUGGACACCUAGACCAGAACUGAUUUUAAAAAAAUAUAUUGAUAGAUGCUCCUUUUA